UCCAAAGCAGGAAGGAGGAGGAGGAAGUGCUUUCCAAGUAUCCCAUUCUUCUUUCCGCAAAGGCAGGCCAAAGUUCGACGUACCUCUUUACAUUUCUAGAGUUUUUUAUUGUGUGGCUGUCUUCACCAGACAACGAAAUGGAGGAGCAGGACCGCACAGGUCCCACCUUAAUGGAAACGUCAGGAAAAGUCUGUCAUGCCUUCCAAGAUGGGUAUAUGAGGGAAUUCCUUCAAAGGACUCCAGGAGAACAAGUGAAACAGGAACCAGGUGAGGGUUCACUUCAGCACUGGGAAACCCAGUGGCAGGAGUUCCUCAAGGCUGUGGAGACCCCUCAGUCACAUUGGACAAGUUUACAGUUGCCAUGGGAGCCCACCCCAUGGGACGAUGCCAAGGCCUUUCUAGCUUCCUUUGAGCAAGUGGCUGAAGCCUGCCGGUGGCCCAAGGAAGAGUGGGUGGCCCGACUCCUGCCAGCUCUCAGCUGUGAAACCGAGCAAGUCUUCAUUAAUCUGGAUACCAGAGACAGGAAGGAUUAUGGGAAAGUGAAGGUGGCCAUCUUGCGAUGGGAUGCCAUGAGAAGGGAGAAGAGGCGUCAAUGCUUCCGGCAUUUCUGCUACCAGGAGGCCGAGGGGCCAAGAGGGACAUACAGCAGGCUCCAGGAACUUUGCAAUGGGUGGCUGAAAGUGGAGAGCCACAGCAAGGAGCAGAUCCUGGAGCUCUUGAUCCUCGAGCAGCUGCUGACCAUCUUGCCCCCGGAGAUCCAGAGCCAGGUGAGGGAAUGUGGCCCAGAGAGCUGCUCCCAGGCAGUGGCUCUGGCAGAAAGUCUCCUACUGAAGAAUCAAGAGGCUCAAAGAUGUGAAGAGCAGGUGGUAUUUCAAGAGACGCUUGAGGAGGCGGCUGGGAACAUCUCUAAGGCAGGCCGGACUCCAUUUGGCUUUGAGCUGAGGCACUCAUGUAUGGAAACUAAGCAGGAGGAGGACGAGAAUGCUAGCCUGUUAGCAGCCGAAAGCAAGGUGAUCAGAGACAACAGGAAGAAAUGUGUGCUAGAAGAUCCAGAACUUGUAGCCCCAUUUGGGACCUCAACAUGGAAAAUAGGUUCCCAGCACUGUGAGCAGGCAAACGCCUGUGCAAGUAAGGAGAGGACAGAACAUCGGCAGGGAAUCCACCCGGCAGGGGAAACAGAUGAAACGAUUCCUUGUGGGGAUGGUCACAAGGCCUCCAGUGAGACCACAGUCCAGACAGGCAAUGAGUGGGAGAGUGAGAUGGAAGAGAAACCAAGUGAGAUAAUGUCAGAAAGAUCUGAGCAUGAAGAAUUGAAAGGAAACUGUUGGGAUCAUGAUGAAUCAAAGAGGCAAGAGGGCAACAUCUUGGAGAAGAGGACAGAUAAGUCCAUCCUUCACCAGGGUGGAGAGUUCCACAAAACCCAAGUACAACAAGAAAAUCAAACUGAAAAGAAAAGGAGGAAGUGCAUUGAUGCUCAUUGGAGAACACACACAGGAGAGCAACCAAGUAAAAGUUUACAGUUUGGAAAGAGUUAUAAUCAAAGCAGAGACCUUAGUGAAUGUGAAAAGCUCCAUAAAGGGGAGAAGCCAUAUAAAUGCUCAGAAUGUGGGAAAAACUUCACAAGGAGCACAAGUCUUACUUCUCACAAAAGAGUCCACACAGGGGAGAAGCCAUAUAAAUGCACCGAGUGUGGAAAGAACUUCACCAGAAGCACCACCCUUACUUCCCACAAGAGAAUUCACACAGGGGAAAAACCAUACAAAUGCUUAGAGUGUGGAAAGAGCUUCAACCGGAGAACAAAUCUCACUUCACAUAGAAGAAUGCACACUGGGGAGAAACCAUAUAAAUGCUCAGAGUGUGGAAGAAGGUUCGGUGAUCAGUCAAGCCUUGUGAAGCACAAGAGGACCCACACAGGAGAGAAACCCUAUAAAUGCCCAGAGUGUGGGAAGGGUUUUACUACAAACACAAAUCUUACUUCGCAUCAAAGAAUGCAUACAGGAGAGAAACCAUACAGAUGCUCAGAGUGUGGAAAGAAUUUUACAACAAGCACAAAUCUUACUUCGCAUCAGAGAAUACAUAUUGGGGAGAAACCAUAUAGAUGUUGUGAGUGUGGAAAGAGUUUCAAUCAGAGCACAAGCCUUACUUCACAUCAAAGAAUUCACACCGGGGAAAGAGGAUAUAAAUGCUCUGAAUGUGGAAAGACCUUCAAUCAGAGCGCUCACUUAACUUCCCAUCAAAUAAUCCACACAGGAGAGAAACCGUAUAAAUGCUCUGAGUGUGGGAAGAGCUUCAACAAGAGUACAAACCUGAUUAGGCACCAGAGAAUGCACACGGGGGAGAAGCCACAUAGCUGUUCAGACUGUGGCAACCACUUCUCAGAUAAAUCGAGCCUUAUUCAGCAUCAGAGAGUUCACACGGGUGAGAAACCAUUCAAGUGCUUGGAAUGCGGAAAGAGGUUCAGUCACAGGGGAAGCCUUCGUGCCCAUCAAAGACUCCACACAGGGGAGAGACCCUAUACAUGCUCAGACUGUAGCAAGAGCUUCUGCGAUCAGUCGAGUCUUAUUAGGCACAAGAGAAUCCACACGGGGGAGAAACCAUACCAGUGCUCAGAGUGUGGAAAGAGUUUCAGCCAGAGCACAAACCUUACUUUACAUCAAAGAAUGCAUGCCAGGGGUGCAGAACUCCCACACGACCCUCCCCAGACACUUACCAGUGAGAUAGCUGUGUUAGCUUUGUGGCACCUUUGAAAACUAACGCAUUUAUUGUGGUAUAUACUUCUGGGGACUAGAGCCCACUUCAACAGAUACAUAUGCAUCGAUUAGCAAAUUGGCCCUGCUGUAAGUUUACUUGGUAUUUAAGGCUGGGAAGGCAAUUACGUGAAAUAGGGAAAUCAUGGAACAGACUUUCUCUGCGGAACUGCCUGACUAACAUUUUGAGGUUCCUUGGUGGUUUUAGUUGGGGGAUUUGAAUAGUUUAAUUGUAAGCCUUCUUGUAAACUGUCUUGGAGAUUUUUCUGGAUAUAAAGGUGAGGCUUAGUAAAAAAUUAAUGACAUAGUUCAACUAUCUACAUUUUGUGAACUGUGGAAAAUGUUUCAGUUGGAGCAGAGGUCUAAACUUGCAUACAGGAAUCCGCAUAGGAAAGACCAGAUAAAUGAAGAUUUUAUUCACCGCACAACAGGCCAUCUUGUUUGACCUCAGAACAUUGUCACAACAAAGAAGCUAUAUCAAAUUAUCAGACUGAAGGAAACCCUAACAUGUUGUAAUAAUUUAGUCUUACUGUUCAUAAAGGGAACUGUUGCAGCA